AUGUCUCAAUAUGAUCUGAUAAACAGCACGAUUUCCCUGAUUGGAGAGAUAAUCUCCUCCUCCACCUUGGAGUAUGGGAAGGAGAAGGUCCUGGGCAGGUGGAGCUUCUGCAAGGUCACCCUCUGCGGGAAGAUGGUUGCUUUGAAAACUGUUAAAGAAACUAAAUCCAUUGCUGACCUAAAGAACGAGGCCAACUUUCUGAAGAUGAUGACCGAUUUGGGCUCAGUGAACUUCAACAUGGUCCAAUGGAUUCACUUCUUCAUGGUCUCACCACACCUCUACCGCGGGACGGUUUCCCUGCUGCUGCUCAACAUGGUGAUGGAGAGACUCCUGCUGCUGUGUGGACUGCUGGUCCUGGCCUGCUCCGUCGCUAUACCAGCUCUUCCUGUAGUGCACGAGGUCUAUGAGAACGGGGAGGAUGAGAGCCCCAUCUUAAACAAGGGGUCGAAGGAAAACCUCAUGGAAGGCGACAUUUUAAUCCCAGGGGGGAGGAAUGCUCUGCUGGACCAGAGAUACAGGUGGAAGUUUCCCAUUCCGUACAUUCUGGGUGAUGAUCUGGACCUGAACGCCAAAGGCUGCGUCCAUCAGGCGUUUGAGAUGUAUCGACUCAAGUCCUGCAUCGACUUCAAGCCAUACGAGGGAGAAAAGACCUUCAUCAAGUUCGAGAAGCGAGGAGGGUGCUACUCCUACGUUGGAGACCAGCAGGUCGGUCAGAUCUUGUCUUUGGGAACCGGCUGUGACCACAAGGCCGUCAUUGAGCACGAGCUCCUCCACGCACUGGGGUUUUACCACGAGCAGUCCCGCACAGACCGGGACGACUACGUCAACAUCUGGCUGGACCAGGUGGAGGAAGGAAAGGAACACAACUUCAAUAAAUACGAAGACGACUUCAUCACCGAUCAGAACACGGCGUACGACUACGAGUCCGUCAUGCACUACAGGCCCUUCUCCUUCAACAAGAACGACUCCAUCCCCACCAUCACCACCAAGAUUCCCGCAUUCCAGAACAUCAUAGGCCAGUACCUGGACUUCAGUGAGAUGGACACGUUCAGGCUCAACCGCAUGUACAACUGCACCGCCCCGCUCACGCUGCUGGACCAGUGCGCCUUUGAGCUUGAGAACAUCUGCGGGAUGAUCCAGCCCUCCACCGACGACGGCGACUGGGUCCACACCAAGAGCAGCGAGGCCUCGGAGGACCACACGCUGCUGGGACGGUGCAGAGAUGCCGGGUACUUCAUGCACUUCGACACCAAGUCGGGGAAUCCUCAGGAGUCCGCCCUGCUGGAGUCCCGCAUCCUGUACCCCAAGAGGAAGCUGCAGUGCCUGGAGUUCUUCUACAAGAUGAACGGAAGCCCCAAAGACAAACUGGUGAUCUGGGUGAAGACGGACGACGGCACGGGCGCCGUUCGCAGAAUGAGGAAGAUACAAACGUUUUACGCGGAUUCUGACCACACGUGGAAGAUCGCCCACGUCCCGCUGGAGGUGGGAGUGAAGUUUCGCUACGGCUUCCAGGCAAUGCGAGGCGAGCCCUCGGCGUCCGGUGGCGGGAUUUACGUGGACGACGUGAGCCUGACGGAGACGCGCUGCCCCAACGCCGUGUGGAGGAUCCAGAACUUCUCUAAGAUCCUGGAAACGGCCGACAACACCACAUCCCUCUGGAGCCCCCGCUUCUACAGCCCCGAGGGGUACGGCUACGGGAUCCUGGUCCGGCCUGUGUCCACCUACACCGACUUCACGGGGAAGUACACCGCGCUGUACUUCCACCUGGCCAGCGGGGAGAACGACGCCGUGCUGCAGUGGCCGGCGGUCAACAGGCAGGCUGCGCUGGUGGUGAUGGACCAAGACCCCGACGUCACACUGAGGAUGUCCACGGCUCGCAGCCUCACCACCGCGUCCCUGGCAACAUCAGAUGGGGAAUUUAUCUGGGACGAUCCGUCCAAGGUGGGGACGUAUGACGCCUCCUGCGGCUGCUACAGAGGUGAGUCGUGGGGCUGGAGGAACUUUGUGAAGCACUUCGACCUCAGGCGGCGAAAUUACCUGAAAAACGACGACCUGAUCAUCACGGUGGACUUUGAUGAUUUGACGUCACUGAUCAAAACAGAAGUUCCCAUCCAGUCGGAGGAGUGA